AGAACUUUAUUAGUAAGCGAUCCUUGAAUUUCAUUGUCGAUGGCGAACUUCUGGGCCCCUUCGAUUCUUUUAAGGGGACACCGCAAGGCUCUACCCUCAGUCCGUUGCUUUUUAACAUCUAUCUCAAGGAUAUGGUCUCUCAUGUACAUGAUAAAGUUAGCUUACUGCAGUAUGCCGAUGAUGCGGUUUUAUUUACUACCUUAAGUAACGUUUUUGACGCCAUUAAAUGCAUUCAAGAAUCUCUAAAUAACAUUUACGCCUAUCUGAGAAAUAGAGGACUAGACAUCUCCCCAUCGAAAUCCAAGUGGAUGAUUUUCUCACGGAAUGUGAACAUUCCUUCUCCUCCUUCACUGCUGAUAAAUGAGCAAGAGAUUCCCAGAGUGUACUCACAUCGCUUCCUCGGGGUCAUCCUGGACCAUAAGUUGAAUGGCAAUCUUCAUCUUAAGUACCUCACUGAGAAGGGGAAAAAUAUUGUUAACAUCAUCACGGCGCUCUCAGAUGUCUCCUGGGGUUCCCACCCCAGCAUACUACUUACCGUUUAUCGCUCCAUCUUGGGCAGAGCAAUUGAAUAUGGGGCUCAAUUUUUCAACUGGGUUACGGAAUCUGCGGCUUUUGUUAAGCUUCUAAGAAUCCAGUACAAGGCGGUCAGGAGGGCUAUGGGAUACCGCAUUUCUACUCCCAUAAACACCAUGUUAGGCGAGGCGAGAAUUCCACCUCUACAUCUGAGAUUCAAUCUUUCCAUUACCAAACACAUCUACAAAUCAAUGGCUAACAAGUUCAGCGAAACGUACGCUGCAUUGAUUCAAAUGGAGCUGAUUGCUACUCGUAAGAACCGCAGAAUUGAGGCUAUCCGAGAUUCUUCUCUAUUUAAGAUAUACGUCACGGUUAGGCAAGCAGAAAAACAUAUCCAUUCUUCGGUUUAUCCCGCAGUAUUCUGGCGUGACCUGGAAGUUCUUUCUCAUGAAAUAGACAACAACUUUGAAAUGAUGAAACACAACUCAAUCACCUUCUACACAGAUGGCUCCAAAGAGCCCGAUUGCCCGGUUGGCACGGGAGUAUUCUCCCCGGAAUUAAACAUCCAAAUAGCUCAUAAACUCCCUGCAGAAACAUCGAUCUUUUCUGCUGAACUCUGGGCCAUUUAUCAGGCAGUUGUACUCGCGUUGGUUGCAGACCACAGUCGUAUCACCGUCUUUAGCGAUUCCAAGAGUGCCAUAGAGGCGAUUUGUGAUGAUAAACAUUACCAGAGGAACUAUAUUAUAUAUCGCGUCGAGCAGACUAUUCUUAGGGCAGCCAAAGCUCAGAUAUCUGUUACUCUUUUCUGGGUUCCCUCUCAUAAAGGAAUCCCAGGAAAUAAAGCAGCCGACAGUAUAGCCAAAAAUGCUGCAACCAACGGAGUUUCCGUUAAUUUCAAAUUCCUCAUGAAGACUUCUUCAAUGAGGCCAGGGAAGUUACAAAGCACCGAUUUAACAGCUAUCUCAAGAUCAGGGCUCAAUCCAAGGGCACUCUUCACUUUGAGCGCUAUCCUCUGA